GUUUUAAUCCUCGCCUCACUGUGUCAUUGUGCGCUGUCCUAUCCUAAUUACGAAGGUCAAGCAACGCACAACUUCAUCGCCGAUCAUCAAACCUUUUACUUCACGAGCAACGCGUUCUCAAACGCCACCACAUCCAACAAAAAAUGUGAAGUACCAGCUGGCUACCAACUCUACGUUGGAUUUGGCGCCUACAAAUAUCACGACGAACGACACACGGAUUGGGACACCGCUCGAAAAGCUUGCAUCGCGGAAGGAGCCCACUUGGCCGUCCCACGAUCAAAAGCGGAAGAAGCGAUCCUGAAAGAUUACAUAGGCAGCCAAGUAGUCAGAUGGGCUUGGGUGGGCUACCACUCUCACUUCGAUCGCUCGGAGUUUUACAGCGUUCUCGAUGAGCCGAUUGACGAUGGCACGCGUAUUCACAUACCCGAGUCGAGAAAAUCGAUGGACGAUCGCUGUGUCGUUAUCGCCUACAGGCAGGGUCUCAUGCGAUGGACCUGCAAGGCUCCCGAGAAUUUUUUUUGUAAGAUAGACUGCGAGGAGUACUGAAGCGUGGAUUGUAUGUCUGGUGAGCAUUGCACACGUGCCUCAAUAAAAACAAAAUGUGAAUAAUCUUUUUCAUGCAAUUGUAUAAUGCAAACAUUUCGUUAUCGCUUUUAUCGCUUUGCGGAAACACAGGCUAUGAUAGCUAGAACGAUAUCUCCGUUGAUGAUGCUUAUUUAUAUUUACCCUGACCCCGAGAGUGGGAAUAUCCGACGUGCAGCUUUUUAUCGAUAUUCAGCCUAUUGGCUAGUGAAACAUAUUAAGUGUUAGUUAAACGUUCUCAGUGGAUUUUAUCCCGCGAAGCAUGUACAACAUGCUCAACAUGCAUAUCGUUAUAAUCAUCGCGGCGCUGUGUCAUUGUGCAUCGUCUCUUCCUUACGAAGGCCUCAUUCCAACGAACGUGACGCACAACUUCGUCGCCGAUCAUCAAACGUUUUACUUCGGAAGCAACAUUCCCAGCAACAACGCCACACCCGAGAAAACCUGCGAAAUACCCGUCGACUAUGACUUCCGCGAUGGAUUCGGUGCCUACAAAUUUCACAACGAACGAGUCGCAGAUUGGAAUACUGCUAGAAAAGCUUGCAUCGAAGAGGGAGCCCACUUGGCCGUCCCACGAUCAAAGGCGGAAGAAGCGAUUCUGAAAGAUUACAUAGCAGGUAGACAAACGUGGGUGGGCUUCUACGCACUCUUCGACGACUCCGAGAUUUACAGCGUCCUCGAUGAACCGGUCGUCGAUGAUGUGCACAUUCGCGCGCACUCGCUCGCACGGCCGUCAGGAGAAUCGAUUGGCGAUCGCUGUGUUAUGGUUACGAAGCAGGGCCUUGUGCGCUGGUUUUGCGGAGUGGACGCGUUUUUCAUUUGUAAGAUAGAUUGCAAGCAGUGAAGCACGGAUUGUUUAUAACUAAUAAAUAAAAUAAAAAAAAAAUGUCGGUACAGGUA